AAGUUUCUAAAAAAGUUAUUUUUGGAUGACUUUUUGACUUUGUGAUGCAGGACUGCAGCAGAUGAACUGGCUGCUGUGACUUUAUUAACAUUCACAUUCCAGUUUUUGGCUUCCUCAUUGUGCCAGGUUUGUGAUAAUAACAGUUACUUAAUGAACAUUUAAUUACAUAAAGAUUACCGUUAGUUUAGAUUUUUGCAUUUGAAUUUUCUAUCCUAUCGUUUGAGGAGCGUGUUAUUAUAUUCCAUAAUACUGAUUUUGAAUUUUGUGGAUUUGGAUAUCUGUUUUAUCUUUUCUCAUUUUAUAAACGUCAGUGUCCAAUUUAUAUUAAUAACAGAGCCCUUGAGAAUCUCAUAAACAGUUGUGUAAGUAGAGGGAACCUUUAUACAUAAAAUACACAGUUUACUUUUUACAGUUGAAAUACGUCUUUGACUUUGUGGACAUUGUGUCAUCUUUAACCUCCUGUGUGUGCUUUAAUGUCCUCUCCUUCAUAAUGUCAAAGAAAGCAAACCUGACUGGUGUUAAUAUUAAUAAAUGUACAAGAUGAUCAGCAAAUGUUGAGUAGCUUGUAUUGAGUAGAAUAUGUUAGUAAGGUGAUCAUGAAAUAAAGCUGAUAAUUAACGAGUCAUGCUUUAUUAAUAUCAUUCAGAGUUUGUGUCUAUAAAGAUUAUUGUCAUUGUUCAGGGAAGUUCUUGUGCAGGGUUAGUCUCAACUGUUUCUUACUGUAUAGGCUGUGUACAGUAUGUUACUGUAGAUUCUUCUGGGAAAAUAUUACUGGAAUCUAAAUACAGUAAGACUAACUUACAACAAAACAUUUGGUUUUAUUGUAGGUUUUGACAUCAGAGCUCAGGAUAUUUGGCCUUGUUGAUUUUCAGGGGUCCCAUCAGAACCGACCUACUACAACAAUGAGGAGAUCAGGAUUGUGAUGGUGGGGAAGACUGGAGUUGGGAAGAGCACCACAGGAAACACCAUUCUGGGAAAUCAGAGCUUUGAAUCAAAGUUCUCCCCUAAAUCUUUGACUGUCCACUGUGCUAAGGCCCGUGGUGAGGUGGAUGGACAAAAGGUUUCUGUUAUCGACACUCCAGGUCUGUUUGACACCAGAACUUAUGAAGAGAAAACAGUUAAAGAUAUUGCCCACUGCAUUACUUAUGCUUCUCCUGGACCCCACAUCUUCCUGGUUGUCAUCAGACUGGGCAGAUUCACAGAGGAAGAGAAGAAGACUGUGCAGAAGAUUAAAGAUCUCUUUGGAGAGGAAGCAGACAAAUACAGCAUGGUUCUCUUUACCCAUGGUGACCUGCUCAAAGAGGAAUCGAUUGAAGAGUUCUUGGAGGAAAGUGAAGGGCUGCAGGAACUUGUGGCCAAAUGUAACGGCCAGUACCACGUCUUCAAUAACGACCUGGAGGAUCGUUCUCAGGUCAGAGAGCUGCUCAACAAGAUCAGAGAUAUAACAGAGAAGAACGGAGGAAGCCAUUACACCACUGAAAUGUUCCAGAAGGCAGAGAAAGCGAUUGAAGAGGAGAAACAACGAAUCCUGAAAGAGAAAGAAGAGCAAAUGCACAAAGAGCGGGAGGAACUGGAGAAGAAAAUAAAGGAAAAGUACGAGCAACAAAUGAGUGAAGCAAAGGCUGACAUGGAGAAGAAGUUUGAGUUAGAGGUUGCUCAUGAAAGGGAAAUGGAAGAGGAAAAACAAAAAUUAAAAGAAUUGCAGGAAAGGCGGGCCAGAGAGGAAGCAGAGAACAGCAGUUCAUUAAUCCAACUAGUAAUUAAGUUAAUUACACAAAUGGUUCAUUAUUUAUUUGAAGAAUUAAUUGAUUGACUGUAUUAUCCUGGGCAGCAGAAGAUUAAUUAGCUGCUGUGACUAAAAUUCAAUUCUGACCUGUUAUAAUAAGUUAUUUAACUGAUUGCAUUUUAUUGUUUGAUAUUUGUCUUCCAAGAUAUAGCAAUACUCUUGGAAAACUGCUCCAUGUUAUAGUUCGUGCUACCCUGGAGAAUUCAUUUCUGACAGCAUCUUCAGUUGACUUUGUUUAAUUCAUGUUCUCAUGUUCUGUCUGAACACACAGCUCACUGUGGCUGAUUCAAAAACAGCUGCCGUCACUACCAACCUCAGUAACAGCCACAUUAACUUCCUCUUAUUCACAAUAGACUUAGUGUUUGAGCUGCAGUAGGAAAGGUUGAGUUUGCAUUUGCAACGCCACUCAAUGCAAAAAGUGCGACAAGCAAACUAACAUUCACUCAUCUAUUCAAAUGUUCAGUUACAAAGCUAGUAGCAAGCUAAGUGAACGUUACAUAGGUGAUGCUGAGCUAACUGUCCAUAUGCGUUAAUGUGACUGAGCUAUCCGGGUGAGUUUUCAGGUGCCUGAUAAAAUUUGAUGUGGUGGAUCCAGCAUCCUUGAUUCGGGUACUGCAGACUUUGCAGUCAACGCUCCUUUUGUUGGUGCCGUCCUGUUUGAAGUUUUUAUAACCAAAUGUAAUCACAAAUGGUACAGCAGCAGCUGCAGGUGUGCCGCCGGUCGCCAUAGUCGUCAACCGAGGUACCAGUGUGUGAUGCCGCGAGGCGCGCACCCAAUGCAUGAUAUAAACUCGAGUCCCCUUCUCUGGCUGUAGGGGAGCUGGAUACAUACUGCUUCUUUUCCAGUGAAUCCACUUGUGUGUGUGUGUGUGUGUGUGUGUGUGUGUGUGUGUGUGUGUGUGUGUGUGUGUGAAUGAACUAACAAUGAAAA